AUGAGGAGACACAGAAUUAUUUAGAUGUCUACAAAUAUUUAAGUAUCAUGGAAAAGAGAAAUGAUCUUCAGAGAGAGGAAUUAAGACAUUGUAUGUUAAAAAGAGACACAUUUCAACACCAAAGGAUUUUCUUAUAUGGGUAUAAAAUUGAAGAAAACUGUUUCAGAGUUUAGAAAUUUCCUCCUAUGGCAGAAACUUAAUAUUCAAACAGAAACUAAGGCUUUUUUUUUAAUGAGGUGAAAUAAAAGGAGAGCUCUCUCAUUCUCUGUAUGUUCCAUUGAAAAGCCUUCAGGAUAAAUGGUGUCUUGUUCUCUGUUAGAUUUUAUGUUAGGGAGCUUCCUCUAUUAUACCCUGAAAAUUUCUCUGUCAUUUAUUCGAUAUUUAUAGAGUACCCAGUAUGUACCAAGUACUGUGCUAAGUUCUUGGGAUACAAAAUAAAAAAGAAACGGAAAAGGCAUAACUCUCCCAGCCUAAGUAAAUUUAAAGAACUACAACAGAAACAUGCAAGGGCCCUAUUAUAGUGCAUGGUGGGGCUCUGAUUUGGUCUUUGGGAUUAAGGUAUAUUAUGGUACAUAGAUCAUUAUGACAAUGAGAGGGAUAAAUUGGGACAGUACAAUGGACACGCUGCUAUAAUAAGGGAGGAAUUAUCUAUAACACCAUUGCAUUGCACAGUAUCCUUCUGUGAGUCAAACUUGAAGCAGAGAAUGGUCUACAUCACGAUGCUGGUAAAUGGCACCAGGGCAAAAAACAUCAUUCAAUUGUGCAACUCCCUCUGAGAUCCACCUCUUCUCUGUACAUUUCCCUGACAUGGAAGAGACCACAGCAACAAGGCAGAAGAAAAAUGUUCAUGAGACUGAUGGUCCUUUCACAGGAAUUGCAAAGCAGAUGUGGAAUAGCCACAAGUUGGGGAUGACGCAGGGGACACUCAAUUUCAAGAGGUGCUCCAGGUAGUUGGUUUCAAAUGUAUGGCACAUUCCUUUUUGUUGUUGUUUUAACAUUAUUCAUGCCUCUUUCCAGGCAGUUUCCAUAAGUUAAAUGGAAGGAGGGAACCAAACAGCUAUUUCAUUAUUUAUUCUUCUGGGACUUGCAGAAAAUACAGACUUGCAGCCCCUCUUCGGGCUGUUUCUCCUCAUGUACCUGGUCACCAUUCUGGGGAACCUGCUCAUCAUCCUGGCUAUCAUCUCCGACCCCCGCCUCCACACCCCCAUGUACUUCUUCCUCUCCCACCUGGCCUUCACUGACAUCUGUUUUACCUCCACCACACUCCCCAAGAUGUUAGUGAACAUCAAGACACAGAGCAAAGCCAUCACAUAUGAAGGCUGCCUCACCCAAAUGUAUUUUUUCAUGAUUUUUGCUGGACUAGAUGAUCUGCUACUGACGGUGAUGGCCUAUGACCGGUUUGUGGCCAUCUGUCACCCCCUACGCUACACAGUCAUCAUGAACCCUCACCUUUGUGGUCUCCUGCUUCUGCUUUCUUGGUUAAUCUGCCUGAUGUAUUCUUCAUUGCAAAGCUUGAUGGUUUUGAGAGUGUCCUUCUGUGAAGAGACAGAAAUCCCCCACUUCUUUUGUGAACUCGCUCAGAUCCUCAAGCUUGCCUGCUCUGACACCCUCAUCAAUGACAUCCUGCAGCAUUUUGUAACUGGCCUGCUGGGUGUCAUUCCCUUGACUGGGAUCCUUUUUUCUUAUUUUAGAAUCAUCUCCUCCAUAAUGGGCAUUUCAUCGGCUGGGGGUAAGUAUAAAGCCUUUUCCACCUGUGGGUCUCACCUCUUAGCUGUCUCCUUGUUCUAUGGUGUGGGCCUUGGGGUCUACCUCACUUCUGGAACAGCCCAUCCCUCCAGAAAGGGCUCAGCAGCCUCGGUGAUGUACACAGGGGUCACCCCCAUGCUGAACCCCUUCAUCUACAGUUUGAGGAACAGGGACAUGAAAGGGGCUCUGAGGAGACUUUUCAGCAGAUGAGUUCAUUCCAAAUAAGAUAAUGGAAGCCAAAGACAGACACCAGAGAUACAAAGUGCUGAAAACUGGUGUUCCUGUGGAUGUUAUCUGAAGGUAAUAGAAAAGAAGUACUGUUAGUGAUAUACUGGAAGAAAACAUUCCUGAACCAAAGGCAAACUUGAAGCAGCACAUCAAAAGGCUUACCAUCUACUAAGGAAAGAGAAUGGCCAACUGAUGAUGAAACUUUUCAUGAAAGUACAUUGUUUUAAUGAUAUGGACUCUUAUGAGCACCAAAGGAAGUAAGUUAGGAAGUGCUGCAGGGGAGAAGACAGGACCAGAAUGACAACAAAUGUUUACACAUUACUGACUCAUCUUUACCCCUGUGAUGUUCUAUCUUCAAGCAUCAUGCCUCCCGGACCAUGCUUCUCCCUGGUCUCCAUCUGGGCUGUCUCACACUGACUUCCCUCACUCCAUAAAACUUUAAUUACUGAAUCUUGUUUUCGUGGCGGCCAUUGACAUAUAUUAGACUUUAAUAAGAAACUUCUUUAGGAAACUCAUGGUAGUGUCUACUUUAAGAGAAAGAAAAUCCUGGUUUUGUCAGUCCACAUAUACCAGCAAAUCUGAAAUAAAAGUCCAAAGCAAUCUAUCUGCUGCCUUCCUUGCUUGACCCAGACUUUGCCAAAUCUUCAUAUGCCUGGAUCCUCCGCACAAGGCUUCAAAUCAAAACUGUCAGCUUUUCAGAGGCCUAGCCUGACCACCAUCCUCCUACUUGUUCCAGUUUUCAUAAACUUAUCCUAUUUUGAGGGGCAGUUGAGCACAGUGUCUGAGUGCUUUGAAUUCAAAUCUGUAUUCACUAUUCACCGAUGGUGUGGUCUUGUGCUAGUCACUUAAUUUCUCUGUGACUCUAUGCCCUCAUCCAUAAUGAUGAAACAUAUUUCCUGAAGAAUUCUGGUGGGGAUUAAAUAUUACACAUGAGAGCUCACACCACCAUCUGGCAUAAGCGCUCCAUAAUUGUCAGCCGUCACAAGAUCCCCGAGGGCCAUACAAAGCUGCAAAGAGAUUGUGAACAGCCAGCCAGGUACUUGGAUUCUGUCUCUUUAACCCUAUUCUACAAUAGCUUGCACUACCAGGGGAAGGUGUGGGGAGGGUAGGCAGUCAGAGGAGGGAUCCAUUAUCAGCACAGCAAAGUUGGAAAAACUGACUAGAGGGGUUUGAUCAGCUCUGGGUUUUUAUGGGGCUGCCUGCAACCCCAGAGCUGACUCAGGGCACCCAGGAAGCCAUGUAGGAGGACCCAGUUCAAAGCUAAGCUCUCUGCACAGCCCAGGAACACGGCAUGCUGGAGGUCAGAAUUGUAGUCCAGGAGAAAUCUUCCCUAAAUCUAGACAUGAAGGAUUGGACCAGAACAUGGCCCCAGACAAGGACUCCCUACAACAAGGAAUGGGAGGCAAAGCAUCCUUUAUACUGGUUCAGCUCCAUGAGGGCUAUUCCCUCGAACAAGACAGCAAAGUCUAAAACUGUCUUGGGUUGACUUGAGGGAAUGCUGAGCCCUCUUGGUGAUAACUGGAUUUGAAACUCAGGCAGAUUUCAAUGUUUGAACCCUAACUUUACCAUUAGGGUAUUUACUCUGUCUCUAAGCAGCCUCAGAUUCUUCAUUUGUAAGUAACUGUUGGGGUGAUUGUGGAAAACUAGUGUUAAGUGUCCAGUAUGUAGAUUCUCAAAAAGUAGCAGUUAUAUUUAUGAACACAGCGCAUAAUUAUUCAUUCCAUCUUGUGUCGAAAGAGGUAAGGUCAGUUGGCAGGAUCCUGUACCCCAGAAAGCUCUGCCAGGCUCCAUUUUUCCCCAGCAGGGGCUGAAGCUGAGACAGCUCCUGUGGAAAAAAAAUAACUGUAUUCAGUGCAAUAAAGUCUCAGCUUCCAACCAUUCUAUGGAGCCCCUGGCCCUGGUGACCUGGCAAAAUUAGAUGAAGCCACGAGUUUGUCCUCCAUCUUUUACUUAGUUCCUGGUAUAGAGUCUAUGACUCUAUCACAGGGGUUUUCAACCUGAAUCAUGUUUGAUAUUUGGGUCCAGAUAAUCCUUUGUGGUGCAGGCUGUCCUAUUAAUUAUAGGAAUUUGAACAAUCUAUGUGGUCUCUAUCCACUCAAUGCCUGUAGGGUCCUCUGCUCUGCCCCACAGCAGUUAUGAAAAUCAAGUAUGUCUGCAGACACUGCCAAAUGUCCCUUAGGGACAAAAUCACUUCUGGAUGAGAACCACUGAUCUACUAUAACCCCAGAGUCAAGGGGAAAAAAGGUAGGAAAUACAAAGUGAUGGGGAGGCCCUGGUUUUCCUAUGCAUAGCCCAGAAUAGAAUGGACCUGCAAGCCAGGAUACUCACCUCUAGUUAAGAGAGUCCUUAUAUGGUGGAAUAGGCCUCAGGUCUGGAAUAGCAGCAGCAGUAUACAUUGGUUGAAUGAACAGUUAACAUUUUUAGUGAUCUCAAAAUUCUUUAGAGGGCAAGCACGUUGUCUGUUCUUGACAUCUGCUUUUAUCUCCAAUGUCUAUUACAAGGAAGAACCUGAAUAAACACUUUCUAAGGUGAUGACAAAUGUUCUGUGCUCACAGUAUACUGGGCCAUUAUUCCACUUGACAGGUUUUAACUCAGUUUAUCCUCACACCCUAAUGAGUCAGGUGCUAUUAUAAUCUCUACUUUGAAAAAAGACAGUGGCACAUAAUGAGUACAGAAACCAUCAACCUGAUACAACAUUAUCUGCAAUGCCCACUGUCCAAUCCUGAACGUGAAACAUUCCUACUCAUUCUGUCUCCACAACUAAAAAUGCUAAGCCAAAGGCUGGAAGACCACCUUCAUGUAAAUGGCAAGUUAAUUUUAAUAUAAGGACUCUUAACAAAAUUCAACAAAAUGGAAGAAUCUCUAAGUACUUAUGCUGAAUGAAGCCAGACAAAAGACUAAUACUGCUGUAUUAUUCUAUAAUAUAAAGCUAUAGAAAAUGCAAACUGAUCUGUACUAAGAAGAAGCAGAUCAUUAGUUGCAUGGGGAAGGACUGGGAGGAAUCAUCAGAUGGACAAGGGGAAAUGUUUUGGGAUUUGCCAUCUUGACUGUGGUGGUUUUGUGAAUACACACAUAGCCCAAACGCCAACAAAUUAAGCACAUGCAGCUUAACAACAUCAAUUACAUCUACAUAAAGCUAUUUCCUCCCAUUUGGACUCUUGCAAUAGAACAAUGGCCUUGUGAUGACUGCAAAACAGCCACCAUUUCUUCCCUUUCCUGUACCCACACCUCUUCUAUGUUAACUGAGGACCCUUCCACUCUGGGCUCACCCAUGUGAUUGCACUGGCCAAGAGGGCUCAUGCAAACACAAGCAAGGACUUGAAAAACAUUUGCACAGUGGAACUUUUUCUCUUCUAGAACCUUCCAGCAUGUGUACAGGCCUUGUGUAAUUUUGCAGGAUGAAAUCUUGAGUGAAAUUGCUUGCCCCAAACCAAACUGGCAGCCUAUUGCAGACAUGAACCCAGCCAAGCCCAGCCCAAAUUGUCAACAGAAUCAUAACCUAAAUAAAUGGUGGUGGCUUUAAACUAUAGUGUUUGGGAUAGUUUAUUGCACAGCCAAUAUAAACAGACUACCUUCAUUCCAUUCUACUAAAGGGUGUGGGUUAGCUUUCUACACUGCAAAUCUCAUCAAACCCCAAAGGAUUUCCAUCAACUUCCAAUCAGUAUUUGAGACUGAUACAUAAAAUAUUUGUGUGUGUGUUAUAUAAUCUGUCCCAUAUUAUCCCCUCCAACUUUAUUUCCUACUUCAAAGAUCUCUCCUCUUACAUGCUGGAGAACGUGAUUUUCUCCCUGGGCCUUUGUGCUCACAAUCAGCAUACUUAUUCAAUUCUGAGCCUGAACACUGUUCAUACACCUACUACAUGUAACUUGCUACACCUCUUCCAUGUGGCUUUCCUGGGUGGCUGCAAGUUCAAUAUCCCCUCCUCGGGACUCCCUGAACAGGUUUGCUGGCCAUACUAGCUAUUUUAUUGUCUCUCUUCCUGGACCUUUACUCCUUUAAGGGCAGUACCAUGUCUUACUGUCUCUUCCCAAAGCUUACUUCAGUAUAUGAGGCACUUUACUGAUAGUGAUUGGUUAACCUAGAGGGGGAAAAAUUCCUGAGUGGACUGGAGUUACCCAAACAUUAUAUAAGUAGAGCUGGUUCCUGCAGAAGCCCCAGGAAUUCAAAGCGGAAUUGAGACAUGAAGACUUAAGAGUGUGAAAUUAGAAAUCCCCUCCAGAGAGAAUUUGGUAAAAUAUUGUAUUUGUCCUAAGAAUUGGUGGGAAGUGCUAUGAGACG